AUGAAUACUACUACUUACAUGACUGCAUGCUACGAAGAUGAUGACCACAGAAAGGAAGAAGAAGGAGAAGGAGAAGAGGGAGUCGAAGACGACGACGACGUUUCGCUUCCCGGGUUCCGGUUCCACCCGACGGAUGAAGAGCUGCUGGGGUUCUACCUUCGAAGGAAGGUGGAGAACAAGCCCCUCACCAUCGAGCUCAUCAAGCAAGUUGAUAUCUACAAAUACGAUCCCUGGGAUCUACCAAGGCCAAGUGGGGAUGGAGACAAAGAGGGAUACUUCUUCUGCAGGAGGGGGAGGAAGUACAGGAACAGCAUCCGGCCCAACCGGGUGACCGGUUCUGGGUUCUGGAAAGCAACCGGGAUCGACAAGCCGGUCUACUCAGCGGGUGGAUUGAAAGAUUGCAUUGGGCUCAAGAAGACGUUGGUUUACUACCGCGGCAGCGCCGGGAAAGGCACCAAGACCGACUGGAUGAUGCAUGAGUUCCGCCUUCCCACCCCGGAAACCGCCGCCGCCGCCGCUGACCACGCCUUUUUUGGCCACGUCGCCUCCCCGGCCUCCUCCCAAGAAGCUGAGGUAUGGACGAUCUGCCGAAUCUUCAAGAGAAGUUCCUCCAACAGAAAGUACACUCCAGACUGGAGGGAGCUGUCCACGUCAUCCAAACGCCCUGCCGCCACGAGUACUCACAACACAGCCACUUCUUCCAUCACCGCCGCCGCCGCCGCCGCCACGUCCAACAACUACAACUACAACUUCCCAUGCAGCAGCAGCAGCACUACCUCUUUAAUGGAAUCCACCAAUAAUUACACCCACUACGCCUCAUCCUCGUCAGGUAAUUACAACACACGUGGCGGACACCUCAUCGACUUCUCUGCUGCUGCUGCUGCCCCCGGCCACCACGUGGACAGGAAGCCAUCCGCCGCCGCCCUCGUCAGGAGCCACGUGGCAGCUGCAGCUGCAUCUAGCUUCAUGGCGCAGAGCAGUAUGACGUCCAUGGCGGCAGCUUCCUCGUCCAACAUCUCGAGCCCGUACGGAAACGAGCAUAACAUUGGUAACGUCCAUCAUGAUGAUGAAGAUCAGUUAUUAGCGUUUGGGGAUUUCGACGAGCUGAGAUCUGUGGUGGAGUUUGCCUUGGAUCCCUCCAACUCCCUUCUGUGA